AUGUCAUCAAUUUUGGUUCAGGAAGGACUCGAUAGUCAUGACAACAACUAUUUGGAUGAUUUCCCGCAAGAUGGUGUGCCCGAUGAAAUGCAGAUGUCUACAGAGUCGGAAAAUAUGAAUAAAGUCGAGAAGAAUGAUAACGCUCACUCAAUCGAGGAGGUCGGUGAGGCUAAUGAGAUCGUUUUUCUGAAUCAAUCUAAUUCCUUGCCUGCGGAUCCCGCACCCGAUCAAGGGGAGGUAAUGCAACCUGUUGCCUCCCAGGAUGAUGCAGAGAAGCCUCACGACAGCGAUGAAGCCCCUCGGCAAUAUCCGCUCUCGCGGUCGAAGAAGCAAACCAACCUUGCGCCUCAAAAGACUACCUCAAAAGCGGUACGGCCUACUUCCACACAAAAUACAGCAAAGAAGCCUGUCGCGAGCAAGGAAGCUUCUCAUCCGCACCCGCUCGCGCGGUCGAAGAAGCAAACCAAUCUCGCGCCUGGCAAGAUUACCAAGAGCUAA